UUCAAGCACUGUGACUGAACUUCUGGUCAGAUUUUAUUUUUUCUUAGUGCUUCUCUCUUGUUCUAGGAGACACGUCUGCUUGUCAUCUACGUAUUUUUUUUCCUGCAGUUAAACUGCUCUUCAAAAUGAGUAAAGGAAAAGUUGAAAAUCUUCGAGACAAACUAGACGGCAAUGAAUUGGAUCUCAGUCUAGGUAAUCUCACAGACGUCCCCGUUAAAGAGCUGGCUGCAAUCCCAAAAGCGACGGUUUUGGACCUCUCUUGUAAUAAUCUGGUCACCCUUCCUCCGGAAUUCUGUAGCCUGACCCACCUUGUCAAAAUCGACCUCAGUAAGAACCAGCUGACCAGUCUCCCAGAUGAACUCGGCCAGCUGUGCAACCUCCAGCACCUUGAUCUUCUCAACAACAAACUGACGACACUUCCCGUCAGCUUCUCGCAGCUCAGGAGUCUAAAGUGGCUAGACCUGAAGGAUAACCCUCUGGAACCAGAGCUGGCCAAAGCAGCAGGAGACUGUUUGGACGAAAAGCAGUGCAGACAGUGCGCGUCCAGGGUCCUCCAACACAUGAAGGUCCUACAGGAAGAGGCAGAUAAGGAGAGAGAGCGUCGACUCCUCAGAGAGAGAGAACUGGAAAAGAAAAGGGAGGCGAAACAGAGAGAGAGGGAGGCCAGGGAGAGAGAGGCGCUGAAACGAAAAAAAGCGGAAGAGAAAGAGAGGAAAAGGAUGGAAUAUAACAAACAGAUGGCUGCACUGGCAGCACAAGAACGACAGAAGAAGAAGAAAGAAGAGAAGAAAAAGAAAGAGAAGCCCAGUCAAGAUAAAACGGCGGGAAAAGUCUCCGUGCCAAAGGCCAAGCGUUCGGCGUGCUCCUUGCUCCUGCGCCUCCUGCUCUUCGUCUUCGUGUGUGCGGCGUCCCUGUUGGCGGCGUGCCAGCUGACGGAGCUGAGGAAAGAAGCUUUUUGCACCCCGCUCAAUGUCUACGUGGAGCAGGCACUGACGUGGGCCAGAGGCCUGGACAUGGUGCAGCAGGUUCUGCAGAAAAUCUCAGACUUCCAGGCAGCCCAGUAAAACCCUGGCUCCGUUCCCACGUGAGCUGUGUCAGCAUCAAUUCCUAUGGAAUUGCGUGUGUGUGUUUUUUUUUUUUUUUCCCUGGUUCACUGUGCUUUGUUUUUACAGUCCACACAUGAAUAUACUGUGUGGUCCAACAGGUGUUAUCUAAUAGGAAACAAACAAACAAACAAACAAAGGGUGACCAUGUUGAAAUGUAUUUGUUGAGGUGCCAGACAGAACAGGGAAAGUGAAUUUGCCAGUGAGUCGCUGCUAGGUUUUUUUGUACAAAGUCAAGUGAUUUUCUGCCUUGAAAUGUAACCAUAUGUAACACAAUCUUGCUCAAAAUAACUGAUCAUUCAAAAGGUUAAAGGUUUAUA